GCUAACUUGUUUUCUUUGCAGGAGAAACAGUUGAGCCUCUCUGCAAGUACAUUCCUGGCCAUAAUUCAUUGCGGUUAUCAGACCUAAGCUUCCUUCUCAACUCUAAAAGGCGGCAGAAGCAAGCAUUGGAAGUUUUUUCCAUGGUAAGAAAAGCAAAUUGCAUUCUCUUCACUUCCUUCUAUGAGCUUGGGGCUCAAGUAAUAGACACAUUGCGAGAGCAACUUCACUGUCCAGUAUACACGAUUGGCCCUUCCAUUCCCUACAUGCAUCUUGAGGACACUAAUAACAACAUUGACCACAUCGAAGAAUGGCUAGACUCACAACCGAAGGAAUCAGUACUCUACAUCUCAUUGGGCAGUUUUCUCUCAGUCUCGGGUGCUCAAAUGGAUGAGAUUGCAGUGGGUCUAAAAUUGAGUGGAGCAAGAUUCGUGUGGGUGGUUCGUGGAGAUUUUUCUUCAAGGCUACGGGAAAUGGCUGGUGAGAUGGGGAUCAUAGUUCCAUGGUGCAAUCAACUGAAGGUUUUGAAUCAUCGUUCGAUUGGGGGAUUUUUGACGCAUUGUGGAUGGAAUUCUACAUCAGAGGGCGUUUUCUGUGGGGGUGCCUAUGCUUACUUUUCCGUUCUUUAGGGAUCAGUUCGUUGAUAGUAGACUUAUUGUCGAUGACUGGAAGAUUGGGUUGAAUUUGAGGGGAAAUAUUAAGAGUGAAUGCGUAGUUGGUAGAGAGGAGAUUUCUUCGGCUGUGAAGAAGUUGAUGGAUUUGGAUUGUGAUGAGGGUGGGGAAAUGAGGAGAAGAGCUGCAGAGCUCAGAGCGUCUGCUCGUAGGGCGGUCUCAGCUGCUGGAUCUUCGACGGAGAAUCUUAAUUCUAUCGUUAGAGCUCUUAUGCUGGGUGAUGGUCGUUAGUUUGGUAUAUUUUAUUUUUAGCUAUUAUCGAGAACAGCAGAGGCAACACAUUGAGUGAUACCACCCUUCAGCGGGAGAGGUUCCAGGUUUGGGAUUAUCUCAUAGUCUCUGUUGUUGUACGAUUUACCUAUAAUUUCCGACGCAAACAACCUAUUUCAGCUUUU